AAGGAAAAGUCGCGGCUUCGAGGCAUCGCGACACCGGCCUUUGCUCUGUCCAUCAAGCCUGCGACACCGCCCCCGUCGCCCAGGAGAUCCCCCGGCCUCCGUCCGUAUGUACCGCGCACUCCGAUCCGGCCUGCGAGCGUCACACCGAAGGCCUCCAGCACGCUUCAUCUCGCACCGCCGCUACCCGCUGCCGCCUGCACGCGCGCGCGCCUUCCACGCCUCGAGAAGCGUUGCGCAGGACAACAACCCGCCCGUCGACCCAGACAGCAAGCCCGUCGCCCCCAAGGAUGCUGCGCGUGCCAGCGAGGAGGGCGCUGCCGCCGCCGACGCCGCCGAGGAUGCCGACGUGCUCGCCCAGAAGCUGCAGCGCUCGCGGGAGAUGACGCGCCGGUAUUCUUCAGCGCUGCGGCGGACCCAGCGAAGAAACCGCGCCCAGGACCUCCCGCCUGUGGUCGUGCCGAGCUGGUUCGCCCACGAAUGCGUCCGCCUCAGCGACGAAGUGCCCGCCAACACGCGUCUGCGCCAGUUCGUCCUCGAGCUGCAGCGCCGAGGCACCGACGAAUCCGGCACAUGCUCCGUCCCCAUACAUGCGCCAGGCGCCGCGGUGCAGCUGCUGUCCGAGUUCCUCUUCCAGGCAUGGGGCGGCGGACUCGGCAACGACGAGAGAAGACGCUUCGUGAGGCAGUGGGCUGCGACGCUGGGGCUGCCCGAUACCGAAGAAGUGCUCCUGGACUUGGAAGUCGGCGGCGAUGGCAUCGCGUCCAUGCCAGACCGCCCGUACUGGCUGCAGAAAGAACACUUGCAGCAAGACCCCGUCAGGAUAACGCGAAAGCUGGACAUUGACAGCACCGAGAUCCGCGCCGCCAUCCAGCAUCUGGCCCUGGCCCGCAAAGCCGGACGUCUGACGGACGGAGCCAUGCUCAAGGUGGAGCGCGUCAUCGGGCGUCUGGAGAGCACGAAGAAUGCCGAGGGAUCCGACCCCUUUGGCCUGCAGAAACUAGGCUUCGUCCCGCCGUUCGUGAGGUCCGAGGUCGAAGCUACCAUUGCUGCCUCUCUUUCGCUCCCGCAGCCUGCGUCGAGCGAUUCUUUCCCAGCGGCAAAGACCAACUUGAUAUUGCAUUGUCCGUCCAACGGAAAAGAAAAUGAGCUGGCUGGUCUAGUAGGCGGGAUUGCACGCCUGAGGGGCGCCGACGUAGUUACCCUGCGGGCACAGGACCUGGCUGAGAUCGCAGGCGACUACUUGGGCGAUUCACCAGACCCCUCGCCCCACUCGAUCCGCUCGUUAGCCUACGAGACGUACCGGCUCAGUUCGGAUCUUGAAAGCGACCCUUACGACGAUGCAGGCCGGGAAGACUUUGGCGAAGAGCAGGAAGACGCGACCCCGCCGAGGUCAUCGUUUUCUUCCAUGUUUCCCGAGCCUCCCAAGCUUCCUUCCUCCGAUAUUUUCAAGAUGCCCAUCUCGAUCGUCCUUCCCAACGCGUUUUCUAACGCGCUCAAGGCUCUGCAAUCGCCAAACCAAGAUUCUCAUAGUAACACCGACACCCAGCCUCGCUCGCAGUCGUCAGCUGAGUCGCAGCUGGAGGACUUGAAAAUUGCAAACGUCCUCGAGCAUCUCAUCGACGCUUCCGAGACCAAACGAUCACAAGUUUCGUCCCUCCUAACUUCAGAAUCUGCCGACUCGGAUCCCACCACCGAAGAGCGAAGUGCGCGCCCGCCAAAGGCUGGUUUCUUCAGCUCUCUCUUGACCUCCCCCUCUACUUCUACACCUACGCACGAUGGCAUCAACAUCGAUUCUUCUUUACCGAGCAAAGCGAUCAUGGGGUUCAGCCUGGCAGUGAAAAUCAACACCGUCACCUCAUCAACCGACUCGGGAACCCCCGGCAAUGCCAAGAUAAUAUGUGUUCCUGAUUUCAAAGAGCUCAAUGCCACACACUACGGAGGCAGGAUACUACAAAAGCUUGAGGAAAUAGUUCGAAAACGGAGGUUAGCAGGAGAACGCAUCAUGAUUGUUGGCUUCACUUCCUCAGCAGACCUCACCCCCGAGUUCUCCAAGAGUGGCGUCCAAGGACUCCAGUCUGAGGGCGAAGCAGGUUUUUACAGGACCAUCGUGGUGCCUGUAGAGCGGGCGGGUAACAUGCAUGACCUGGUCGGUACUCUGUCCUCAACUGUUCAGUCAAGAGACGCAUCCAAGUACCGAAGGAUCAACGUCCACCACAUUUUCGACAUGCUGCGACGCCUAGACCCUAUCGCAGCGCAGAAUUUGUCGGCGAGGGCAACAGACGACAGCAGCGCUGGGCCCGCGCUGGCCAGCCUCGCAAAGGCCCACAUCAGCAGGAUCCUCACGUAUGAUGAGGUUCACCGCAUAGCAUUGACUGCGCUGGGUCUACACAGCUUGGAUCCUGCAAGCGAACGUCUGACUAGCGCGCACGUCGCACUCGCAAUAGGCAUGCUGCAAUCCAGCGAUCAGGUGAAGUUUGAUCAUAUCAGACGACAAGCGAUGCUUCCUCGACCCGGCGACGACUCUUCCGCAAGAGAAUUUCGACGAAAACUGAACGAGACACUGAGGUCCAGAUCGGCCACCGAAAUCCACGACCGUGAACUCGAAAUCAAACUCAACAACAUCGCACAGACUGCCACCAAGCACGAGAAGCGCCUAAUGCCCGGCAUCGCCAAUCCGUCCAAGAUCAAGACCACCUUCGACCAGAUCCACGUGCCUACCGAUACCGUUGACUCCAUCCGCACCAUCACAAGUCUAUCUCUGCUGAGGCCAGACGCUUUCAACUAUGGUAUCCUUGCCACCGAGAAGAUCUCCGGAGCCCUGCUGUACGGUCCACCAGGUACGGGAAAGACGCUGCUGGCCAAGGCCGUUGCGAAAGAGAGCGGCUCCACCGUGCUGGAGGUUUCAGGCAGCCAGAUCAUGGACAAGUACGUGGGUGAGGGCGAGAAGAAUGUCACCGCCAUAUUUUCACUCGCGCGCAAGCUCUCGCCUUGCAUCGUUUUCCUUGAUGAGGCGGACGCCGUCUUCUCGUCGCGCGACGUCGGCCGCGAACGCUCCUCGCACCGCGAUAUCCUCAACCAGUUCCUCAAGGAAUGGGACGGCCUCAACGACCUCAGCGUCUUCGUUAUGGUCGCUACGAACAGGCCGUUCGACCUGGACGACGCGGUUAUCCGGCGACUGCCCAGGAGACUGCUCGUCGACCUGCCCACCGAGAAAGACAGAGCGGCAAUCCUCAAGAUCCACCUCCGCGGUGAGCAGCUAGAUGAGUCGGUUAACCUCGACGCCAUCGCAAAGAAGACUCCCUUCUACUCCGGUUCCGAUCUCAAGAACCUCGCCGUCAGCGCCGCCCUUGCCUGCGUAAAAGAGGAAAACGAAACUGCCGCCAAAGCCGCCGCCGCUUCUGUACCUCCCGCCAACCCCUCAGAACCUUCCCCCGCAGACUCCACCUCUGCGCAUACUCCUAAACCUUCGCACCUCAUCCGCGGCCUCGACUACAUCUUUCCCGACAAACGCAUACUCUCGGCCCGCCACUUCGACGCUGCGCUGUCGGAGAUUAGCGCUAGUAUCAGCGAGAACAUGAGCAGCCUCAAUGCGAUCAAGAAGUUCGACGAGAAGUACGGGGAUAAGAAGGGGAAGAAGACGAAGCACGUGUUCGGGAUUGGGGUGCGCGGGGAGACGAGCGAGGAUGUGGUCAGGGUGAGGCCGUAGAUGCAGUUUGACCGAAGGACAUGGUGAGGAGGGGUGCUGUGUGGCACUGCAGAAUAUCAGAGCGUGGAAAUGGAUAUGGCUGGGAUGGGGUUGUGUGCAUUUUCUUGCGGUAGGAUGUCGUGUGUAGAUAUUUGUUGUAAUAUAGGCUAUAUGGUAUCAUGAUUGGAGCGCUCGGUUUGAGAUUCGAUUAGGGGGACUAAGGGGUGACGCUAGACCUGCUACGUGAUGCGAGAAGCAUGAGGGCUUGGGCUGGCUGGUGCUAUACGUGCGUGUGGCUAGUGACACUGCCUGCAUGCGGUGCCGCGGUGCAGCUCGCCCUGUGUGCGUGGAGGGUCGUACCAAAGACAUUGAAGAAAUGGAGUUCGAGUCUGCGGUAGAGGAGGGAUCCAGCAAAGUCGACUGUGUAUGUGGCGCGUGCUGGCGGUGGUGGUGGUUUCGCAGCGUGUGGGUGG